CGAGUGCCCUGUGUAGUCUUUCAGAGGUCCAACGGGUUUGACCGUAUUUUUCACCUCACCGUUUCUACCAGUGUAGUUGGUCAAUGCUUCUGUCGAGUUCAACCAUUUCGGGGCUCAUCAUAAUUCCAUUAUUUCUCAAUUUUAUUGCCAAAUUAAGUAGUUUUGAGGUGUAAAAAGGUAUUGAGAUGUUAAAGUGAGUUGCCAUAUUCAACUCCCCAACGUGUUGCCAGAUACUCAGGAUACCCCCGCCCGAGCGACAUUCUACCGAGAGGCGUCGGGUUUGGUGUUUGGUUUCAGUGUCAACAGCGAUUGUUUGAGAGAAACUGCAGAAAAAGUAGUAGUGUAAAAUCAAUUUUGCGAGAGUGUUAAGGAGUUAGUCUACGCGCAAAAUGAUGUCAACGCUCGAGGCAUCUCAAGACAUUCGCACUCUGCCCGGUGAUAUGCAGGACAUUGUGGAUAAAUCCUUUUCCCUUGAGAAUCACAAAGAUUUCAAGGAUGAUGACUCCAUUGAGACCACACCUCAAGAUCCAUCAGGAGAUUCAAAUCUAGAAGCAGCACCUGAAGACCCAUCAGAGGUAGAUAAAUCAGCAGAGGAGGAUCCGGGUGAAGUGGAAAAUGUAGAAAGUGAGGUUAGGUUGAGUGAUGACAAAACCCCGGCAGAUAGUCCGGAAAAUUGUGAAAAUGUUUUAGAUGGGCUUCAGCCCCUAAGUAAUGGAAGUGGUGUUGAAAGUGAGUGUUUAGAUACCCCAAAAGACAGUGUAGGGAGUGUAAGUGAUGUAAAUGACGGUGACUCACAAGAAGUUACUGAGAUGCCCCUUGUAGCAGAGGAUAGCACACAGGAUGAUGUGGAUGAAGACAAAAAUGUGGAUUUGGGUAUUGAGGAUGAAAAAGAAGGCCAUGAAAAUUCGGAAAUGCCAAACAAUCUUCCGGACGACACUGCGGACAUGUCUGCUGAAAUGUCCGUGGACGUGUCCCCUGAUAUUGAUGCUCAAAUAGAUGAAUCCAUCCCGGAGCCUACUACACCUAAAGCUUCUGAAUUAGAGGAUAUUAAUCCAGAAUCUGAUGGUCCAAUUGCUCUUCCGGACGACAUAACCCCAUAUGAGGAUGAUGCUGUUAAACCUUCGGAAUCCGAAGAUGUCAGUCUCAGUGAAGAAAGUACCCUCAAGAAUCCCAAUUCUGAGGAUGUAGAUAUGAAAGAAAAUGACGCGGAAGAGGAUGAAGAUGUAGCUCUGGAGGAAAAAUCUCCCUCAGAUGACAUUAUUAACCUCGAUGAUAUGCUGAAGGAAAUAGGAGUUGAUAACACAGAAACUACUCAAGAAUCGAGUUUAGAAAAUAAAAAACAGGACACUGUGUCCGAAAAUAUUCCCGUUGUGGAAGAUAAAAAACAAGAAAUCGAAGAUGAUGAUGUGUUAAUGAUGGAUCUCGAUGAAGCAACAGAACCGGAAAGUAAUGUUCAGGACAAAGUAGCUGAUAAAGAUGAUGAUGCUGUGCCUGAAUCAAAGUCAACUGAUAUCAAGGAAUCAAUCAAGGAACAAGAUGAUGACAUUGGAGCAGAUCUUUGCAAUGAUAUCUUAAAUGAAUGUGACGAAUUGCUAAAGUCAAUUGAUGAUGACAAGGGCUCUGAUGAAAAUCCUACAAUAUCCCUAGAUGAGGACAGUUCAGAUAUUCUUGCCAAGGAUGAAGUUCCCGAAAAGAAACUCCCGGAUUCAAAUGACACCGAAAAGGCAGAUGAAAGUGAAGAAAAAGAGUCAGAAACUGUCCUUCAAGAAGAAAAAGUCGAACCGGAAGUUGGUGAAACGGAAUCCCAGGCAGAAGAAGUAGCUAAAAUUUCAGAGAAGGAAGAUGCUGAACAUGUUGAACCAGACCCAGAAAUAGCUGAUAAAUCUCAAGGUGACUUGGGAAAUAGCAGUGAUGAUGUUUUAAUAAUUGACGAUGAAUCACAGUCUCAGGAUGUAAAAAAAUCCACAGAGGAUUCUGUGCAGAAGGACACGGAGAAAACUGCCCCGGAGAAUCAGUCGGAAAAUGAAAAGACUGAUGAGAUUUUAAAAGCCACGGAGAUGGAUAUUGAAGAGGAGACAAGUACAGCUGAAGCAGAAGCAACAAAGGACAGUGAAGAACCACCAAAGAAUCAUCUGUCCGAAGAACCAAUUCCUAUCGAUGAUGAUGAUUUAUCCAUGGACGAUAAGGUAACUGAAAAUCCCUUCACAGAUGAUUCAAUGGAUAAAAUGGGGUCAGAGUUAUCUAAAAAACGUCCAUCAAAUUCAUUUGUGUACGAGGAAAAAUCGAAGCGAAUGAAGUUAUCUGAUGAAUCGGAGAAAGAUACAGACACCAACAGCCAGAGCUCUGUUCAGAGUAAGAAGGAUGUGGAUGUGAAUGAUAGUUUGAGCAGGCAGAGUGAGAGGGAGAAUGAGAACAGUGGUGAUUCUCUGAAAAUGACACUGAGACUGAAGAGGGACAAGGGGAAGCUAGAGGUUGAAAAGAUAUCUCAGGCUGAGAAAGAUGUAGGAAGUCUCCUAACACCAUUGCCCAAGAAGACUUCCAUGGAAUUUAUGACGAGGUUCAAAAAGCCCUUCCAGGACAUGUCACACUCGGACCUUGAGGACUUUGUACUGCAGAAAAUUGCUGAAUUGAUUACGCAUAAGUCUGAGUACAGUGAGAUGAGGAAGAAGUUGGAUAAGCAAGAAGAGAUGAUUAGCUUCUAUCGCUCGAAACUGACUGAGCUGAGUAAGAAUUUUCAUGAUUUGGAAGUAGUGUACAAGCGUGUUCAGCAGGAUUUGGAUAAUCGAAAUUCAGGAUAUGUCCAGAUACCUAAGAUAACACGUGCUGUUGGUUUGCAAGUUUCUGUCUCGAGUCAUCGCAAUAAGCACUCCCAGAACACUUCUCAGACAGAUCACAGUAGAACUGAGAUAGUUACUAGAGCUUCGGCAUCUGCCCAGGAGGCGGCCAAGAAGAUGAAGCCCAUCCAGAGGUUUACACCAAUGCGACCACCAAUGUCAGAGGCCGAACAGAGAAAUUUGGAUGCCCAGGAACAAAAGCAGCGACAAGAGAUGCAGCAACAAGUUCAGCAGAAACUAGCUCUCAAUGCUGUUAAUACUACAAGUGGCACAACAACCAUCGCUCAAAGGAAUUCAAAUAUAGUUGUGCUGAAACAUACACCUAAGCCACCGCAAACGAAGAUCAUCUCACCUCAGCCGUAUGUGGUGAAGAGAACAGCUGUAAGGACGUCCACAAUAACGUCCACCGUUGUCACUAAGACUGUGUCACCAGCUGGUCAGACACAGCAACGUGUUAUUCUGACGCCAUCGAGUGCAGCUCAACAGCAUGCUCAGCAAUCACAGUCGAUACAUAAAGUGACAAUGGCGCCACAGCAGAGAUCUCCGACUGUGGUGAGUCCGCCGAAGAAACAAGUCGUAGUCGAUCUCACGGAUGAGGAUGACAGCAACAAGGCCAAAGCUGUGCUGCAGCAGACGAAGAGUUCGGUGUCACAGACAUUGAUCAAUGGUGGUAUUCCCGCCCUCGUGGCCAUUCCCAGCAGCGCCAGCAGCAGUAAACCUUCGAGCACCAAGUAUGUGAUGGUGCAACAGAUGCAGGCUACAAAUGGACAACUCGCCAAAACCAUGCCGAAUAAGUAUGGUAAUAGGAUCAAAAUGGCUAUAGCACCCAAGCCGUCUUCUGAGCAGCCAAUGCGAACUGUAGUGACUCCACAGCAGACUGUCGUGAGGCGUCCUCCAAUGGCUACGACAAUCGUGGCGAGUGGUUCGGGACAGAUGCGUCCCACCGUGAAGAUUAUGAAUCCACAGCGUACACAUCCAGCACCGCUGCCACCGUUCCAGAAUCAACCGUCGCAGUACGGAAUGAAACGUAUCCCAACACGUCCGGUGAUUAGGAUUAAGAAUGACGAGAAGCAGGGUAUUGUAAUUUCGUGGACAAUGGACGAUCUGACGGAUGAUCAUGAGGAGAUUCGGGAUUAUCAGAUUUAUGCGUAUCAGGAAACAUCAGCACCACCAAGCACAGAGAAUUGGCGCCUCGUGGGUGACGUCAAGUCCAUGAUGUUGCCUAUGGCUGUGACCCUGUCACAAUUCCAGGAGGGACAGAGAUAUUGGUUUGCCGUACGAGCACGGGAUAUUCAUGAACGAUGCGGAAUGUUUAGUGUUCCCAGAACAUGGUAAGUUCGAUUGGGUCAGCAGCACAAUUAUUAUAGACUAUUAUUGAUGGGAAAUUUUUAAUGCGUGAACAAAUGGCAUACAUAAUUCUGCAAUUUCAAAAAAAAAAACAUCCACAUUUGAUGAUGAGAAAAUUUCGUCAUAGUAAAUAGAAUUAAGAAAAUUUGAAAAGAAAAUCUCUCUUAAAUAAUAAUUUGUGUUUCUUCAAUAAAAUAUGCAUUUUUCGUUUCAUUAAAAUUAUAUCAAAUUGUAGUAUAAAGUAUUUCUAGUACUAUAUUUAGUUUAUUAAAAAAAAAUUUAGUCGUAUGAAACAAAUACAGCUAUUAUACUCUA